AGGUUUUAGGUUUAAAAAUGUCGAAAUAAAUAAUUCGCAGUAAUAUCUCGCACUAAACUUACAUUACUUCAAUUCAGAAAAGGACUUCGAGUGAACUGGUUGAGUUUUAAAAGUUAUGAAAUAAAGUGCAAGUGAACUGAACUGCAAUUAUUAAUCACGAUGGAGUUUUUUUCAAAUGGUAUUUCUAAUGAAAAUCUUGCGUACAUGGGUCAUACGAAUCUACCGUAUAAUAUCCAGCAAAACAAUAUCGAAUCGCCUGUUUCGUUCAACAAAAAGUCGCAGGUUUCCGAGUUUAUUCCUCCUUCACGAUUAAAUUCGACAUCAUCACCUAGUUUUUAUACGACAUAUAGUAAUACAACAAACAUCGUCAACGGCUCAUCCUCCACCCCGACAAAAGUUUACGCGUCAACGUCGUAUUCAGUGACUCCAAUUAAAAAUCGAAACUAUUUAGGAGAUUCACCGCAGAAUAUUUCACCGAAAAUAAUGCCUCAAGAGUCACCACCAAAUAUUUACUCAGCAGGAAUUCAUCAGGAAAAUGUCGGUGGUACAACAUACUUUUAUUCACAAGAACAGCCUCCAGCAACUUACAGUGAAGAGCCGUUGCUUCCACUCUCAUAUCCCAUCACUCCAAUGCCGGGUCAUAUUUACACUCCACCUGCCCACAUAGCCAACAAUAUUAAACCAAAAUCUUAUCACUCCUCCAUAUUCUUCAUGCCUGAAGAUUUGAGGAAUAUUUUGCUGCUGAAAAACGAGAUAACAAAUAAUAUAGAACACGAUUCUUCCAAUUUACCACUUGAAAUCGACAAUUAUCAUUCGCUUUCAUUGUUGGAAGCAACUUCCAACUUAACAGUACCUUCAACGACGACUUACAAGGCGACACAUAGCUCAACGGGAUUGAGAUAUUGUCUUAGAAGACUGCAUGGCUUCAGAAUACAAUCAGUGAAGCAAAUGAUGCAGGUAGUUGAGGUGUGGAAGAAGUUUUCACAUCCAAACUGUGUGACACUUCGUGAAGUCUUCACAACAAAAGUGUUUGGCGAUAAUUCACUCAUAUUAGUUUAUGAUCUUCAUGCUGGUUCACAGACACUUUUAUCAAAAUAUUUUACUCCAACUGCUAAUGGCUAUGGAACAACAGGUUCCGCAUUCUCAGGUGAUGCCAGACCUUUCAGUCAUAAAAGUACAUUACAACGAACAGCUAAUGGACCGAUAUUACAAGAGAAUGAACUUUGGCAUCUUAUAAUUCAAUUGACAUGUGGUCUUAAAGGCAUUCAUCAAGCGAACUUAGCUUGCAGGAGUCUUGAUCCGACAAAAAUUAUUUAUGAUGGGAAACGACUGCGUUUUAGCUUCGUGGGACUAAAUGACAUAAUAACUUUCGAUCCAAAUCAACAAAAUCCCUUCCAUUUGGUGAAUCAUUAUCAACAGGAUGAUUUAACUGCUUUGGGAAAACUAAUCGUGGCAUUGGCUUGUCGAUGUCUACAAUCAGUUCAUCGUGAUCAGAUUCAACAUAGUAUAGAUCUCAUUUCACGCCAUUAUUCGUCCGAUUUGAAGAACUUGAUAACUUAUUUGUUGUCACCAAACAAAAUGAAAUCAAUUGUCGAAGGCGUGAUGCCAAAAAUUGGAGUUCGCUUUUAUCAUCAUGUUGAGUAUUUGGAGAAGCAAUCUGAUAUGAUGGAAAACGAAUUGUUAAAAGAAAUGGAUAAUGGACGUCUUCUCCGUCUUCUCUUCAAGUUGGGAUGCAUAAACGAGAGAGAAUUGAAUUUAGAUGUCACAUGGUCGGAAACUGGAAAUCGAUACAUGCUCAAGUUAUUCCGUGAUUAUCUAUUUCAUUCUGUGACAGACGAUGGAUCGCCAUGGCUUGAUUAUUCUCACGUUAUUUCGACGUUGAACAAACUGGACGCUGGAACUAUGGAAAAAGUACAACUUAUGAGUAGAGAUGAGCAAUCUGUUUUAGUUUUAACUUACGCUGAACUAAAACAAUGCUUGGUCGAAGCUUUUAACGAACUGUCAUUUAAUAAUAUGUAGGACGAUAGAUAGUUAAACAAACAAACAAAAACAGAAAAAAUUAAAGCAUUGACUUUAAGAACAGAAAAUGAUGAGAUAAGAAAGUGUUUUUUAGUGAUUAAGAACAAAAAUAUAAAGAAAAAAAGGAAGAAAAUCUAUCUACAUACAUUUAACAGAUCUCUUUAAUUAAUCAUCUGAAGAUUGAUGGUAGAAUUUUAUCAGUUUACGAAUCCUCGGGGUCGAUCACAUAUAAACGUCACUCCUCGAAAGUCUCAGGUUAAACUCACUUUUCCGUUCCUUUUUAUUCAUUUUGAGAGUUUCCUUCGAACGAUAAAAAAUAUUCUUUUAAAGAAAUGUUCAUUUUUCAAAAAGUAAAUAAUUAAAAGUGACAUUACAUAUGAAUCGUCCCCAACAAUUUUCUCUUUACUUGACUUUCUUUCUUGGGUAAAAUAUUUUUACUCUUAAACAAUAUUUUAAGAUGAACAAAACUUUUUUUGUUCUGUGUCAUCAAUCGACGACUUGGUAAACAAGCAAAAGAAAAACGAAAAAUUUCCCCAAGACAAUUUUCAUUUCAAAUUUCUUUUUCUUCUUUUUUUUAUCCAAAUUUAUAAAAUAUACAUUGGAAAUAAAAUGUAAACAAGAGGCAUCUAAAAGUUAGAUUAUUAAGAAAAAUGUUUUAAUUAUUAGAUUUUGAGAAGAUUUUUUUCUUCUUUUGGUUUUUUUUAAUAUUAUUAUUAUUAUUAUUAUAGAAAUAGAACUGAAUGUAAGAUUUUUUAAAUGUCGAUCAGUGAUGAGAUAAACAUCACUGUGAGUAAACAAGAAAAAUUUGCAGUUGAAAUGCAAAAAGGAAAAGACAUUUGAAUGAUGAUUUUUCACAACGUAAACUUAUCAUUAAUUAUGUGAGGUAUUAGGAAAUUCAAGCUUCUCAUUCUUUUAAUUGAUAAUGCAGAAGAAGAUUUGAUGAAAUUAUUGUGAGUUAGAAAUUUAGAAGACUUUCUUUUUUUUAGUUUAAGGCUUUAUUUUUAUUUUAUGUUUGUCCAACGCUCGAUUAAAUGAUGGAUGUGAAAAGUGUAAGGUGAAGAAUAAUUUGAGAUGAAAGAAAUUAAAUCAAGCACAAUCGAUUGAUGCUUCUUAAAACUUGAAAUUUCAAAUUGAAGUUCCACUUAAAUGUUCAUUUCAAAGAAUUCUUAUAGCCCAACGAUAACGAUUGAUGAUGAUGUAUUACAUAAAUGUUUAUGUUAUUUGUUUUGAACGCAAAAUGUACUUAAAAAAAGAAAGAAGCCUCCAUCUUCAUACCUUGACUCUUGACAAUCUUUCAUUGAGAUCGGUUAAAGAAUGAAUUUUAUGAUUUCAUAUUUCGGUUGCUUCCUUCACUUUACAUCCAAAAAAUUAUUUCACACGAUAAUUUGUCAUGAAAUGCAUUGAAAUACAUUGAAGAAACAUAUUUUUGGAAGGAUAUAUUUAACGAAAUAAAUAAAAAGAGUAAAACGCGUCAUGCGACAAUUAUAUACAAUUUUCGUUUGAGAAAAAUGUAAAUCAAGAAAGAUAUGAAAUCAAUUUGAAGAUGUAGAGAUUAAAACUGAAGAAAAAUUCUGUAAAAGUGAUUGAAACAAUAAAUGUUUUGAUUAGAAAUCUA